ACUGUCGAUUUUAUGUUAUCGAUUAUUCUUAAAUAGUUAUUGCUAUUAAUUCUUGUGAUUUGUUUAUUGUUUGUCAAAUUUUGUAAAAGGGAGAAUGAAAAACUAUUACUGGCGAAAAAGGCGCGGUGAAGAAGAGUGCACUGAAAGAAGAUAAGGAAUUCAUCUUUUAUAUCUUUGUGUUAACAAAGAUACACAAAAGUUAUUAUAUUCUUUUAAAAAAUUUACAGGCGCUAAGUUUUCAUACCAAAAUGAAUUUUAAUACUCAAAUAUAAAACACCAAUCUGGAAACCCUAACGAGUUUUGUAUUUGGUGUUCAAAAUCCAGUGGAAUCUUGGCGUCCGGGAAAUCCCAAUAACAUUUUAAAAUUCAUUUUGAUACACCAUUUGAGUACGUCCAAAGUCUCAUCUCGGUAUCAGCGAAUCAAAUCGUUAACCUAACCUCAAACCUUGGAAGAAGGAGCAUCAUCAACUGGCUAAAAAACCGUAAGUCCUAAAUAAUGGCUACAUCUUCCUUACAGGGUCAACCACAAAACCAACAAAAAGAGCAACCCAUAAAUACACUACAAACUUGCCCAACAUGUAACAAACCAACACGCUCAUGCUGUAUUAGUUGCAGCAAAUGCCACAAACUCUUUCACUUCGAGUGUGCUCGUGUCACCAAUAUUUUGCAAAUAUAUACCUGCUCAUCAUGUUCUCAAAGUUCUAGCCCAGCAAGUCCCACUCACUCUGUACGCAGUCAUUUAAGCAUUUCUUCCGAUAAAUCACUGAACCGCAGACAAAACUUGCUACUACAACGCCUUGAGGAAGAAAAACAGCUUGCGAUUGAACGAGACCGCGAAUUUUUGAAUCGAAAAUACCAAAUAUUAGAACAAUUCGCAGACCACAGCGACAACGAAAGUUCCCUGGUAGAUUCUGUUAGUGAGUGGCUAAAUACUCAGCCUGCAGCAUAUUCCAACGACACCACACAAGAUUUGUUUGCCAACCACUUCGAUGAAAAUACUUACCAUAAUUUACCAACUGCUAGCUCUAAUGCUGCGUUUAUAGACAAUUACAAUCCGUCAUUAACAAUUACUAACAGCGGCCAUCAGACAGUAACACGACACCAACCAGAUAUAGCCCAUAAUAUGUCGAGCAACACAGCUCGGCCCGCCUUCACAUCUACACUCAACAAUAAUGCAACAUUUAUUAAUAAGCCUUCAUCCCAAAGUUCUCUUUUCCCCGCGAAUUUGCGUGAUAGCGUUCCACCAUCAUUUUUAAAUACACCACAAAAUCUCUCCAGCACUGAUCUCACGUACCAGCAAAUAAAUGCCAGACAGACGGUUCCAAAAGAUUUGCCAGCGUUUGGAGGAAACCCAACAGAAUGGCCUUUGUUUAGUUCCACCUACGAUUGGUCUACGGCAGUCUGCGGCUUAACAGAUGCUGAAAAUUUGGUUCGUCUCCAAAAGGCACUUCGCGGUGAUGCUCUCCAAGCCGUACAGCAUAUAUUGAUUCACCCCUCUUGCGUUGCAACGGCCAUGGCAACAUUAAAGCUUUUGUAUGGACAGCCAGAAAAAAUUCUGCAUUCGCUAAAAAUGAAAAUCCGUAGUUUACCGCCUAUUAAUGCAAAUAAACUGGACACUAUUACCUCAUUCGCAGUGCAAGUGAAAGGCCUUCAAGCGACUAUUGAAGCGUGUGAUCUUUUAGAUGAAUUGAAUAACUCUUCCCUUUUGCAGGAGUUAAUUUCCAAAUUGCCGUCUUACUUCCAAAUUAAUUGGGGAACAUUUAAAAUGAACUUAGCAAAACAAAACAAAAGAGUAAAUCUGUCAGAAUUCUCCAAUUGGAUGUUUGACAUAGGUCUCUCAGCAAGCAGCGUAAACAUUGAGAGCCUAUGUACCUCUGCUGCAGUACCUGUCAUUCAAAGCAAGCAGAGAAACGCUUAUGUUCAUACUCACGCAGAAGAGAACAGCAAUACGUGCAUGCUAUGUGGUGGUGACUGCAGAAACAUACCUUCUUGUGAGAAAUUUAUUACAGCUGAUCGAGCCCAGAGAUGGGAGAUGGUUAGAGAGUUUCAAUUAUGCAAGCAAUGCCUUCGUAAACACUACGGCCCAUGCAACGCAAAUGUAUGUGGAAAAGAGGGGUGUCAAUAUAAACACCACUGUCUUCUUCACAAAACUCGUCAUAACGAAGGAGCAGAUAAAAACAAACAAGCAACAUCAAUGGAAUCACAAAACAAUGCAAUCGCAGAAAAUUCAACUCAUUCUUGUAACACGCACAGUGCAUCCAUUCACAAUAAUUUCUUUAAGAUUAUCCCCGUAACCAUUUAUGGUAGUGGCGAUAAGCUAUUCAAAACGUAUGCCUUUAUAGACGAGGGGUCUUCUACAAGUUUGAUUGAAGAACAAAUAAUGUAUGAUUUAAAUCUUUCAGGGUCACCCGAACCUCUUUGUUUAAAAUGGACGGGAAAUGUCGAGCGUGAAGAGCAAAACUCCAGUCGUCUUUGUAUUACCCUCGCAGGCCCCAAUCAAAAGAGGUUUAAAGCUGAUGUGAGAACAGUUAAACAUCUAUCGCUGCCUAAACAAACAGUUGACUGCGAAGCGAUUGCCCAAGCAUUUCCCUAUUUGAAAGGCAUUCCUAUUCAAGGGUAUAAAGAUGCAGUACCGCGUAUUCUUAUUGGCUUAAAUAAUUCACGAUUAUGUGUUUCUCAGCGAAUAAAAGAGGGAAAGGCAAAUCAACCGGUUGCAAUUUGUACUCGCUUAGGCUGGCUGUUGUGUGGCUCGUCCAAAGGGAUUUCAUCGGUGGAGUAUCAUCAUUGUCAUGUAUGCGAGUGUAAUGUGGAUUUAGAAAAUAACUUAGAUAAACUAAUCAAAAGAUUUUAUUGCUUGGAAUCAUCUGGUAUUAGCUGCACAAUGAAAGCGUUAAGCGAUGACGACAGUAAAGCAAUUGCAAUUAUGGAAAAAUAUACAAAGCAGAGGCCCGAUUCACACUAUGAAACUGCAUUAUUGUGGCGAGAUGAAAACAAAGUUAUGCCCAACAGCUAUGAGAUGGCAAAAAAAAGAUACUUGUGUCUAGAAAAAAGAUUAAAAGCUGAUAAAGACUUAGAUGCUAUUUUAAAUAAGACUAUUUCUGAAUAUGUUUCUAAAGGCUAUAUAACAAGAGUUACCUCAAAUGAUAUGUUAUCAGCAAAGAAACUCUGGUAUUUGCCAAUUUUUCCGGUGUUCAACAAGAACAAGCCCGGCAAGACCAGAAUCGUUUGGGAUGCCGCCGCAACAGUAAAUGGAGUAUCUCUCAACUCAAUGUUAUUUAAAGGGCCAGAUUUAUUGUCGUCGCUUCCAGAUAUACUUUUUCGUUUUAGGCAAAAGUCUGUGGCCAUUUGCGGUGAUAUAGAACAAAUGUUCCACCAGAUUUUUAUACGGGAGGAAGAUCGUAACGUUCAGCGGUUUUUAUGGCGUGCAGAAGAUGGUGAUGAAGAACCAAAUAUUUUUAUCAUGAAUGUCAUGAUUUUCGGCGCAUCAUGUGCACCAUGUAUUUCACAAUUUGUGAAAAACUUGAAUGCCAAUAAGUAUCGAAAUCAAUUUCCAGCUGCCGCUAAUGCAAUUGUGCAUAAUCACUAUGUGGAUGACUUUUUAGAUUCUGUGGACACAAUUGAAGAGGCAAUCCACCUAGCCAGAAAUAUUAAAUAUGUUCACAGCAAAGCGGGAUUUAAUAUACGAAAUUGGAUCUGUAAUAACAGUGACGUUCUAAAGGCAAUAAAUGGGGAACAUGGUCAAAAUCAGAAGGAUCUUAACUUAGGCAGUGGUGUUGAUACAGAUAAAGUUUUGGGUAUCUUUUGGAGUUCAAGGGACGAUUUUAUUACAUUCAAAGUAUCACCCCACCUUAAAGAGAGCAAUUUAUUUGUAAAAGGCAAAACGCCAACGAAGAGAAACUUGCUAAGAAUUCUUAUGACUAUUUAUGACCCUUUGGGACUCAUUGGUCAUUUCCUUAUGUACUUAAAGAUAGUGUUACAGGAAGUUUGGCGCAGCGGUGUUGGGUGGGACGAAGAAAUCCAUCCACCACAGAUGACUAAAUGGACAAACUGGCUGUCACAUUUGUCAGAAAUAGAAGACAUUAAAAUACCUCGCUGCUAUUUGCAGACGUUUAAAUCUUAUCAUAAUCUAGAUGUGGAGCUACAUACAUUUGCAGACGCUAGCGAAAACGGUUAUGCUGCGAUAUCGUACCUUCGUAUUUCAGACGGCAGUGAGGUGGUAAUUUCUUUAGUCGGAUCUAAAACCAAGGUCGCCCCACUCAAGAUGACAUCCAUACCGCGCCUAGAAUUAAUGGCAGCGCUAAUUGCUUCCAGAUUUGCGACCAGUGUUGUCAAUAGCGCGACCAUUAAUAUACGGCAACGAUAUUUUUGGUCUGAUUCAAAAACUGUCAUUAGCUGGAUAAAAUCAGAUCACAGGAGGUACCAUCAAUUUGUCGCAUUUCGGGUUAGCGAGAUAUUAGAACUAACUGAGUUGAGUAAUUGGCGCUGGGUACCGGGUAAACUUAAUGUGGCCGACGAAGCUACUAAAUGGAAGAGGUGCGGGCCAGAUUUAUCAAAUGGCAGUAGAUGGAUGAACGGACCCGAUUUUCUCCGAGAACCCCAAGAUGCGUGGCCAACUCAAGUCGAAAUUCAAACCGGCACAGACUGUGAGCAGAGGCAUCACAUAUUGGCUAUUGACGAAGUUAGCAGCUUUGUUAAUAUAGAACGUUUUUCACAGUGGCGGAGGGCUAUGAGAGCUGUGGCGUACGCUAUUCACUACAUAAACAAACUGAGAAAACCCGAUCACCACUGCGAAUUAACCCAAGACGAGCUUAUUAAGGCCGAAACUGUUUUAUUGAAGCAGGCACAGAAGGUGGUCUAUAACGAAGAAAUUGCUCUUUUGAUGAAAGGUGAAAAGCGGAGGAUGGUGUAUUGCGCAUUGAUGGGAGAAUAG